AUUCCCAUUAGCAACUCCUUCCAUCUCCUUCUCUUACGAGAACAUACCUCAUUCUCCACGCGUCAUACCAGUCAAAUCAUCAUCACGUUCAUCAUGAAUACCUAUACUCAUUAUCCAAACGCCACCUUCUUCCAAUAUAUGGAUGUACCAACGGGUGGCCAACGUCCCUACGCGUUCACGACGCGUCAAUUGGACGACCUUGAACGCGGUGUUGCCCUCUCCUCCGAGUCAAUGUCUGAUAUGCUCGAUCAAAAGAAUGGUCAAAGACAAAGGGUUGCCAAAUACCCUACGCCACCUCCCGUGUAUCUCACUCCCGAGCCCCUCCCCAUUGCUGCGCCCAAACCCAUGCACCCAAAUGCGAUCAGUCCCCCUCUGCUCACAUUGCAGUGGAAACUGACCGGUGACGAGUUCUCUACGCCUCCACCCUCAUACAAUCAAUGGUCGCCACAUGGAUUGGUGAAGGAGACGGGAUCGCUGGCAAUCGCCUCCGAGAAGAACCAGAUUAUCGACGUCGGAAAACGCGCCCCUCAGCCACCCAUCGGUACAGGUCGACCACGGCCAUCCAACAUACGCCGCAAAUUGGCCUUCACGGCAACCUCACCUUCGACCUCUCACUCACGAUGGGUCAGCAAUGAGAGGGCUAUGGCCUUGUUGGCCAUUCUCAAUGGCCACAAUAGUCCCGCGGCCGUCUACAAACCGUCGAAUCAAUGGGCGCUCGAUGAAGGACGUUCGCCGUAUUCCUCGUACGAUGGUCCCAAUGUGAACUCGGUCUCGGUCUCAUCAUUGCAUGCCUAUAACCAAGAUGGUCACCAUCAGUCUUUCCCAAUUCCUGCAUUUGAACUGCAGGCCCCAAAGCAUAAACCCAUAUCAGCUCUGAGGGUUGUACCUCCUCAGAGCCAUGGGGUUCAGGCAUUAAGGCCUGCAGACCGAAUGCGAGUUGGGCGAGAUUCGUGGAAAUCAGGUGCCAAUGAGAAGCACAAUGAAAUCAUGGGGAGCAUGGACAUCAUCAACGACCUAUCGGAUGGUCUGUCGCGAGAUCGGCCCAUCGUCAUCUACGACACCCCUCGACCUGUUCAACAGGCGAAGAGAGCCCGUCCUCUCCCGCGCCCUCCGAUCCAGGCAGAGAUCUCACCUUUCAUCAUGGCCUUCUCAUCCUUGAGAGUGUAGGCCAUUGGAAUGCAUAGGUAAAGAGUAGGAAGGAGCAGCAAGGGGAAAUUUGAGGACUGCCCUAGGAGUCUUUAUACCUGAUGACACGGACCAUGACUUUGUAUAACACUCACAUUUUUGUCUUGUAAUUUCCACUGUACUUGUAUCAAAUCGAUCGAUAGCUCGUCUCGUCGCCAAAUUAGACAUCUUUCUUGACCC